UCAAAAUAGAAUAAUAAAAAGAGACAAAGACAGAUGAAAUGCUGCUAAUAAUACUCUGACUAUUCAAUUCAUUCAAUCAUUUCCCCACCUGUGUUCUUGUGUGCUUUCUGCCAACCCCAAGAACCCAAACUCCACAAAAUUCCAUUCUUUGAAAAAUAUUGCAUUUUUGCUUGAAGCUUUGAGUUAAAAAGUGAUCAUGGCCAGAUUCUCAGGGACAACACAGAAGUGCAAGGCAUGUGAGAAGACUGUGUAUGUCAUGGAUGAACUCACUGCUGAUAACAAAGUCUAUCACAAGUCUUGUUUUAGAUGUCAUCACUGCAAGGGCACCCUCAAGCUUUUUAAUUAUUCCUCUUUUGAGGGAGUGCUAUACUGCAAACCUCACUUUGAUCAAUUGUUUAAGAUGACAGGCAGCUUGGAUAAGAGUUUUGAAGGUGCUUCAAAAACAAGAGUUGAAAGAUCUGCAGAUCAGGGACAAAAUAACACUAGAAUCUCGCGUAUGUUUGGAGGAACCCAGGAAAAGUGUGUUGCUUGCAAGAAAACUGUCUACCCUAUUGAAAAGGUGGCGGUUGAUGGCACUGCAUACCAUAGGGCUUGUUUCAAGUGCAGCCACGGAGGCUGUUUUAUAAGUCCAUCAAAUUUUGUUGCUCAUGAGCAUCAAAUUUAUUGCAGGCAUCAUCACUCACAGCUCUUCAAGGCAAAGGGAAACUUCAGCCAACUGGUCAAACAGGAUCAAGUCAAAGAGAUGCUCGAACAGGAUCAAGUUAAAGAAGUGAUCAAACAGGAUCAAGUCAAAGAGGUGGUCAAACAGGAUCAAGUUAAAGAGGUGGAAAAACAGAAUCAAGUUAAAGAGGUGGAAAAACAUGAUCAAGUUAAAGAGGUAGAAAAACAUGAUCAAGUUACAGAUGUGGUCAAACAUGAUGGAGUUACAGAUGUGGUCAAACAUGAUGAAGUCAAAGAGGUGACUGAGAACACAACAACAAUAUGAUGGUACAUGCAUUAUACAAAGAUCUCAGUAUUUCACAUGAUGAAUUCAUGAAAGUGAAGAUCUAAGCCAGAGUCUUGUGCAAUUGUUAGCAUGUACAAGUAAAGAGGUUUUUCUUACAAUUACCAUUUUUCCGGUAUUCUAUUAUCAUAGAUGAUUUACAAUAUAGGAGAGCUCUUUUAAAUUUCAAACAUUGAGUGGUGAGUUUUGCAAUAUAUGCUGCGUGAUUUUUGAAUAACUAAAAGCUUCUUUUUCCUGUCAA